GAGGAGCAAUGUAAGUUCCGCGUUCUGUGAAGAGAGAAGACGCGAGGCGAGCCCGCCAGUCCGCGCGCUGCCGUCCGCUAGAGAGCAUCGCCGGCACACACUAGGAGUAGACAAUGAAGGGUCGCCUGCUGCUGCUGGCCGUGCUGGUCGCGGUGAUGUGCACCGCUGAUGCCGAGAAGCACCGGCGCCGCCACCGGCGCCUGCGCACGACGACGGUGCGGCCGGGCACGAGCGCGGGGCUCGGCGACGCCCCCGCAGCCGUCGUGCGGGAGGACGCAGAGGCCGAGCACCUGGAGCUCGGCAUGUCCGAGAGACUGGAUGAGAGGCGCUUCCAGGAGUCGGAGAAGGCGCGCGUCAAUGAGAUCCUGAAUGAGCACUCGGCCGAGGGCAUGUCUGACAACGAAGUGUUUCUUGAUGACCCGUGCGUGAAGGUGCACUGCUCGGCGGGGCGGGUGUGCGAGAUCGACGAGCACGGCGACGCCGUCUGCAACUGCAUCAAGGAGUGCCCCUACGAGACCGACUCCCGCCGCAAGGUGUGCACGAACCACAACGAGACGUGGUCGUCGGACUGCGAGGUGUACCGGCAGCGCUGCCUGUGCCUCGACAACUCGGAGCUGUGCCGCGGGGCGCAGUACCACCACGUGCAGAUCGAGUACUACGGCGCCUGCCGCGAGAUGCCCGAGUGCAACGACAACGAGAUGGCGGACUUCCCGCGGCGCAUGCGCGACUGGCUGUUCAACAUCAUGCGCGACAUGGCGGAGCGACGCGAGCUGACGCCGCACUACCUCAAGAUGGAGCGCGAGGCCGAGGCCAACCUCACGCGCCGCUGGACCAACGCCGCCAUCUGGAAGUGGUGCGACCUCGACGCGCACGACAACGACAGGUUCGUGUCUCGGCACGAGUUGUUCCCGAUCCGCGCGCCGCUGAUGUCGCUGGAGCACUGCAUCGCGCCCUUCCUGGACCGCUGCGACGAGGACGACGACCACCGCAUCACGCUCGCCGAGUGGGGCAAGUGUCUGCAGCUCGAGGAGUACGAGCUUGAAGACCGAUGCGACGAGUUCACCGACGAGUCUGCGUGAGCGCUGCGCCGCCGCCGCCGCCGCCGGCGACACUGCCAUUAUAAUAAUAAUUUUAAUGAGAUUGUAGUGCUAACAUUAUAUAUUCGUUUAAUUUAGAUACAAUGCUGUCUAUGUUCUCUGACAAAUCAAAUGUGUAAAUAACAGAAAUACCAUAAUGCAAUGCUGUGAUUUUAAACCAAAUAAUUUUGUCAGUAAUAAAUGAAUAAACCAAAAAAUAUACUUACAA